AUGCGGUCUCACCGGGCCAGUGCCACGAGCACGCAGUCGGCAGAGCGCUCAGAACUGCCACCGUCUGCAUCGCCGGGAUCUGUGGGCUAUCUAGGAGAAGAGAGCAUGAUGCUUCAGAACCCCAGCGCGCUCCAGUUCGACGACGAGACCGAGGCAGAGACGGCCGAAUUCUACGCAAAGACGCUGCUGUCCACCGGCGCAGUAGCCUUGCCCUCACAGAUGCUGGUCGCCGCUCUGACCGAUGCUUACUUUGAACACAUUCAUCUCCACCAGCCCCUUGUCGACCGCACAGACUUUGAGCGUUUUCAGUCGCCUCUGCUGGUACACAGUGUCUGCAUGCUUGCAAGUGCCUAUGGCCACCGACGAGGAGGCAUAAGCCAGCUGAGUGCGGCCAAGAAGUACUACCUGAAGGCAAAAUUGCUCUUGGCUACAGAGCAUGAACGAAAUAAAUUGGUGGUUCUCAAGGCGCUCUGUCUGAUGACCUGUCGAAGCAUGACCGAACCGACCGUGAUUUGCCUAGACAGCCUCUGGCAUUGGCUAGGGGCAGCAUCGCGCUAUGCAAUCCACAUGGGUCUUCACAAAGAAGCAACCUACAGCGGCAACCAAGAUGCUGGAACCCGUCGAAGGAUGUGGUGGCAUCUCUUCAAUCAGGACAAGCUGGUCUCCUUCUGUUAUGGACGGCCGCUGAUGAUCCAUAUGCAUGAUACCGACGUUCAACCGCUUUCACAAAGCGACUUUCCCGAAGAACACCCUGACAACAACAUCUUCAUCGAGAGGACCAAACUUUGCAUGAUUUUUGGUCAACUCGCCGAAGGACGAUACAAUCCCAACUUGAGCUAUGGAGAUAUCGUGCCUAUUGGACAAGCCUUUGAAACGUGGGUCUGCGAGUUGCCUGCCGAAUUGACUCUACAACACACAGACUCAAAACCCUAUCGUCGAGUAGUUUCCGAGCUGCACAUUUUAUAUUACGCUUGCUUAUUGAUCUACCAACUAUCCUUGAUGAAAGUGGAACCAGUCUCGAGCUCAGUCAGGGCUACGUUCGAAGAGUGCGUCCAGACGGCGUCACACAUGAUCCGUGUUUUCGAAGAGAUCCAGUGCAGAAACGACGUUUUGUAUGUGGCACCGAUCAACGCUUGGUUUUGUUACCUUGCCGGAGUGGUGCAAAUUCGCGCUCGCGCCACCUUUUCGGGCCAAGGAGGUGGGUUUGAUGACAACCUCGCAAUUGUCAGGACAGUCUUGCAGGAGCUGUCUGCAACUGUGCCAAGUUCCGCCUUGGUCCUCGGCAACCUCAAACGCGCGGAACUUUCUGGCGGAACUCUGCCUGGCCAAUAUUCUUCCCAUUCCGUCAACCCAUCCGCUGAUGGGUUAGCAAAUUCUGAAGCGAACAACGAAGAACACAUCACAACCGAAUCUCUCGCAGGUCCCGAUGGUCGCCGAAAUACUUCGAAUAUUCUAAGUGGUCUCGGUGAAGGGAUGGACAGCAGUUCCCUCUUUUUGCCCGGUGGUCUCAUUGCCGAUGGCAACGUGACUUUUGACUUUGGUGACGUUUUCGUUAAUCAAAUAUUUCAGUACCAGUGA